UACGCGAAGAACCAGGCACCAACGCACAUACUAUACUCCCUUCAAUCCUCCCAUUCUUCCCAAAUCACACCUUACUCUUGACUUGCAUUUCACCUGAUACGAUGGCUCCAGAGCUUGUCCAAAACACAGUGAAGCCCGCUGCCUUCGUUAAGACUGCGAGGUUGCCGAGCCGUGCGUACGUUACAUUUCUGGCCGGUAACGGAGACUACGUGAAAGGCGUCGUCGGGUUGGCGAAAGGAUUAAGGAAGGUAAAGUCUUCGUAUCCUUUAGUUGUGGCGGUUUUGCCCGACGUGCCGGAGGAGCACAGGCGGAUCCUAGAGUCUCAAGGUUGCAUUGUCCGGGAGAUCCAACCGGUUUACCCUCCCGAGAACGAAACACAGUUCGCUAUGGCGUAUUAUGUUAUUAACUAUUCUAAGCUCCGUAUAUGGGAGUUCGUGGAGUACAGUAAAAUGAUAUACCUGGACGGAGAUAUUCAGGUGUUUGAUAACAUAGACCAUCUAUUCGAUUUGCCGGACGUAUAUUUCUACGCUGUAAUGGAUUGUUUCUGCGAGAAGACAUGGAGUCAUAGUCCUCAGUACAAGAUUGGUUACUGCCAGCAAUGUCCUGAAAGGGUGAGGUGGCCGGAGGAGAUGGGUCAACCCCCGGCGCUCUACUUUAACGCUGGGAUGUUUGUGUUCGAGCCAAGUCUCUAUACUUACCAAGAUCUCUUAAGCACCGUCAAAGUCACUCCUACUACUCCUUUCGCAGAGCAGGACUUUUUGAACAUGUACUUCAAGGAUAUAUACAAGCCGAUACCUCUGGUUUACAAUCUUGUUCUUGCAAUGCUAUGGCGGCACCCAGAGAAGGUGGAACUGGACAAGGUCAAAGUUGUUCACUACUGUGCAACGGGGUCAAAACCAUGGAGAUACACGGGGAAGGAAGAGAACAUGCAAAGAGAAGAUAUAAAGAUGCUGGUCAAGAAAUGGUGGGAUAUUUACAACGAUGAAUCGUUGGACUAUAAACCAGUGCUGGGUGGUGAAGAUAUUCACUUGGAGCCAUUCAUAGCUGCUCUAUCUGAAGCUGGACAGGUUCAAUACGUGACUGCCCCAUCGGCUGCUUAGAUUCUGAGGAAGAGAAGAAUAUUAAUGGCAGAACCGAGAAGAUCCAAGUGGGAAAAAAAUUUAAAAAAAAAAAAAAACUUAAUCCUUUCCGAAACCCAUAGAUAUGGCAAGGAGAAAGGAUACAACUUUUCUUUUUUCUUUUUGGGUUGGGUGAAAGGAGGAAUUAGCUUGCUAUGGUUUGUCUUAUGUAAUACACAGCGCCCUCGUUGUAGGUGAUGUAAUAUGUGUGUUUCCGAUCAAAUAUAGUUGAUCAGUUGUGCAGAGAUUGAAAUCACUGGUGUAAUCCACAAAUCGUGCAACGAAUAGAAAUUAUUAGUUUGCCUUUUU